AUGGCGUCGCGUCUGGCCAGAACUGCUGUCGAGACCGUCGCUGACCCGGGCGCAUCCUUAGGGGCUGCCCGCCUCCGGCCCAGCGUCGUCCCCCGCGUCCUUCCCGCGCUGAGCACCGUUGCCAGCCCCCGCUACUCGUCCGGUGUCCCCUCCGAGGACCCCAAGACCAAGGCCCAGUCCAUCAUCGACUCCCUUCCCGGCAGCAACCUCAUGUCCAAGACCGCCAUCCUCUCCUCCGCCGCCGGUCUUUCCAUCUACGCCCUCUCCAACGAGUACUAUGUCGUGAACGAGGAGACCGUCGUCGCCUUCUGUUUGCUCUCCGUCUGGGGUGGUCUCAUCAAGUUCGGUGGUCCCCUCUACAAGAAGUGGGCUGAUGAGCAGAGCGACAAGAUCAAGAACAUCUUGAACUCUGCCCGCGCCGACCACACUCAGGCCGUCAAGACCCGCAUCGGCGACGUUAAGCAGAUGUCUGGUGUUAUCGACAUUACCAAGACCCUCUUCGCCGUUUCCAAGGAAACCGCCAAGCUUGAGGCUGAGGCCUAUGAGCUCGAGCAGCGCACCGCUCUCGCCGCUGAGGCCAAGACUGUCCUCGACUCCUGGGUCCGCUACGAGUCGCAGGUCAAGCAGCGCCAGCAGAAGGAGCUCGCCCAAACCGUUAUCGCCAAGGUUCAGAAGGAGCUCGAGAACCCCAAGGUCCUCAAGCAGAUCCUCGAGCAGUCCGUUGCUGACGUUGAGAAGAUCGUCUCCAAGGCUUAAAUAAACUAUUUUCGUCCGACUUGCAAGCGAGGCCCCCUUUGUAUCAGUGUCCGUCAAGACCGUGUGAAAUAGGCAAUUCAACUUUUUCGUCUCUAUCGGCCUUAUUCGACCUUAACG